AUUUCAAACACUUGGGAAUUUGUUUCAAAACCCCUUUCUUUUCCUCGGCUUCCCUAUCCUUGUAUGCCGAGAAAAUCAUAGGAAACGACAGUUCCAAGUUUUGAAAUUUAUUUUAUCCUGUUUCUUGUAUUCAUUUGUUUAGAGAAAAGUAAGAUCAAUGGAGGGCAAACAUAAUGGCUCUGGCCUUCCUCCUGGUUUUAGGUUCCACCCAACUGAUGAGGAACUGAUCGUGUUUUACCUUCGUAACCAAGCAAAAUCAAGGCCAUGCCCUGUAUCGAUCAUCCCGGAGGUCGAUAUUUACAAGUUUGAUCCAUGGCAAUUGCCCGAGAAAACAGAGUUCGGAGAAAAUGAAUGGUACUUCUUUAGCCCGCGUGAUCGGAAGUACCCAAAUGGGGUGCGGCCAAAUCGAGCAACCGUGUCUGGGUACUGGAAAGCCACCGGCACGGACAAGGCUAUCUACAGUGGGUCUCAGUACGUCGGGGUGAAGAAAGCUCUGGUGUUUUACAAGGGUAGGCCGCCAAAGGGUGUGAAGACAGACUGGAUUAUGCAUGAAUAUCGCUUGAACGAUUCCCGUAAACAACCCAACAAGCAUAUGGGAUCCAUGAGAUUGGAUGAUUGGGUCUUAUGCAGGAUCUACAAGAAGAGACAUAUGACGAAGGCUUUGGAGCAGACAGUGGACACCCAUGUUGCUCAAACUGAUGUCACAUUAAUGGGCAAUGAUGCUAGUGAGCAAAACAUGUCAAGGUUUCCGAGGACCUGUUCCAUUAAUCACCUAUUGGAUAUGGAAUACUUGGGCUCAAUUUCCCAACUUUUGUGUGACAAUUCAUACAACACGACCUUUGAUUUCCAAAACGCCAUUGGCAAUGCCGGAACUGACAAUAAUGCUGAGAAACCCCAGCUCGGUGAAACACCAUACCAAUAUAUGGAUUCAGGGAACAUCUUUAGCCAGCCAAUGGUAUUGAAUCCGGUGUAUGAUAUUCGCGGCUUUGGCCGCUAAUGAAAUAAAAAAUA